AUGGCCUCUCUUCCCACCAACGUGCACGUCUCAAUCCACCCUUGUCUUCAGGCGAAAUUGAGCCUGCUACGGUCCAAAGCCACCAGUGCGAAGGAGGUGCGCGCUCUCGUCCAUGAAAUCUCACUCCUCGUCGCAUCCGAAGCACUGGCAUCUUCGCUGCAAGCAGUUGACGGGCCUAAAAUGCUGCUUCCCGAAGCUGUUCCCGUUCAUCACCUCGGCCUCUACCGUGAGCCCAGCACACUCGAGCCCGUUGAGUACUAUAACAACUUGCCCAACCACAUUGGUACUCCUGCAAGCCAAGGACCAGACAAGCUCGCGAUCAUUCUUGACCCUGUAAUCGCAACUGGCGGAACCUGUGCAGCGGUCAUCCAGACCCUUCGCGAGUGGGGCGUUGAGCGCGUGGUUGUCGUCUCCAUUGUUGCGGCAUUACCCGGCGUGCACAGGGCCGCAAGCGAGUGGCCAGAAGGCGUUCAGAUUUGGUGCGCUGGCGUUGACAACGUGCUCACUGAUGAGGGUAUGCUGCGACCGGGUCUCGGCGACAUCGGAGACCGUCUGUUUUUAACAAUCGGCAAAUAA